GCCUAGGUCCCUCACACACACUCACAUACACUCACAUACACACACACUCUGUCCCUCUCUCUGUAGCUUUCACUCAUCAAUCAUCGAUCAAAUUCAGGUCUAUAUAUCAUUCAGCUCAAGGCGAGAAGGGGAGCAGCAAGAUGGCAGACGCCGUCAACAACGAGUCGUACCGGAGAAAGUACAUCGAGGAACCCAAGUUGGAGCACUUGUCAGAGGAGACGCAAAAGAACCCGCCGAAGCAGAGGACUGUACAGCAACAGGAGAAGCAAGACAAGCUCAUCAAGAAAGAAAAGCGCGAAUCCGGUCUGGAGUCUAAUCGCUCCCGAUCGUCCUCACGCCGCGAGCGUAGGAAACGAGUACAGCAGGCCAUGGAGGAUGGCAAAUACAUGAAGACGGGCUCGCUCGAAGCCCUCGAGGAAGCGGACGCCAACGGGGAUCUCGAGCAACAGCGACCAUUCGAGCGAAUCGGGCCCGAUAGUACAUCCAUGGACGGUCCCGUCACCCACGCACGAGCGAUGCGAGGUGAAAUUCCCGUCCGGGGCUCCAAUCCCAAUCAGCCCUACUACAUCACGCCACAAGAGGAAGCAAGCAGUGGAUCAGUCCUAAAAGACCAAGAUGGUCUCAAGCUUACAUUAGAAGCCAACCUGGACAUUGAGAUUGAGCUCAAAGCCAGCAUUCGCGGCGACUUGACCCUCUCGUUAUACGAGUAACUUUUUUCCGACCGAAAGGCACAGCUGCUGGCUGCUGUCUCUGAGAGAGUAUUGCAGCGCAUCGGGGAUUGUCGAUAUGGAGCACGGAGCUUCGCCACCGGGCGGAGAGGGCAGAAGAGGCUGCUCUAUGGUCGCUUGUAAUGUGGCUGUGGCGUAAGACAUGAAGGGGGCAUACCUACUGAAGGCAAGAUAAGGAACAGUACCACUCAUACACACUACAACCAUAGUUGGUCUUCUUGCUGGAGCAUGUCAGCUGAAUCAAGGCGUGCACUCGCGGGUGUAUGUGUAUGCCUGUACGCGAGCCCAUAUUAGUGGACAAUAGCGUGCAUGAACGCUUCAAACGGAUUGACCAGGCGGCAGCCUUCACGCCGCUACGUUUGCUCUCCGCGCGCUCAAGAUCAGGUCUACGAUUUGGUCCACGCCCUUUCCAUUCUUCACCUGCGCGAAAAUCGUUGGUCCUCCCUCCCUAAUUUUCCGGGCGUCCCUAUCCAUGACGUGUAGGUCGGCACCUAUGAGCUCGGCAAGGUCUGUCUUGUUGACGAUGAGCAGAUCACUCUGCGUGAUGCCCGGUCCUCCCUUGCGGGGAAUCUUGUCACCUCCACUGACAUCGAUCACAUAUAUGAUGUAGUCUGCCAAUUCUCGUGAGUAGUUCGCAGCAAGGUUGUCUCCCCCCGACUCGAUCAACAGAAGAUCGGUCUGAAACUCCUUUUGCAAAUCUUGCAACGCUGCGAGAUUCUGCGAAAUGUCCUCGCGGACUGCGGCAUGCGGACAGCCUCCCGUCUCGAUUGCUCUGAUUCGUUCUGCGGGGAGUGCUUUAUGGCGGGUGAGGAAUUCGCCAUCCUCGCGGGUAAAGAUGUCGUUCGUCACCGCGGCAAUGCUGUAUUGAUCUCGGAGGGCGAGGCAGAGAGCGAGCAUGAGGGCGGUUUUGCCGGAUCCGACGGGCCCACCGAUGCCGACCGUGAAUGCUCGGUCUUUCCAAUCUCUGCCUGCGAUGAUGGGCAUUUCGCGACCCAGAAAGGAGCCGGGGCCAUCGAGAAUUUCGUGCGUGUGGCCAUGGUCUACAGCAGCGUGAGAGUGUGAUGCUGCCGCUGGCCCUUCGUGGGAGUGAGAGUGAGCAUGUCCCGACAUGGCUGCCAAUGGAAAUGAAGUUGAGCCAAACUCCGAGUCAGCAGUUCUAGACUUC